AUGAGAAGGAAUCUUAUUUCAAUUUCUAAGUUGGUUCUGUCGAAUUAUUCUUUUCAAUUCAAUAAAGAAGGCUUCAGUUUGUUUCAUAAUUCAAUUCCAGUUGCAAAAGGCCCUGUUGAAUGUGGUUUAUUUCACUUGAAUUCCAUACCAGCUGCUCUAAACACUGAAAUCAUUCCAAGUCCAACUCAAUCUGCUAGGCUUUGGCAUCAUAGGUUAGGUCACAUCUCUAAAGAUAGAAUCCAACGCUUAGUUAAAGAACAAAUCCUGCCAUCAGUAGACUUCUCUGAUCUAGAUGUCUAUGUCAAUUGUAUUAAAGGGAAAUUAACUAAGGCAAGAAAGAAAGGCUCAAACAGAAGUGGUCAACUCUUAGAAAUAAUCCAUACAGACAUCUGUGGCCCUUUUCCCAUCCAAACUCUAGAAGGCCACAGAUACUUCAUAACCUUCAUAGAUGACUACUCUAGGUAUGGCUACUUGUUUCUCAUUACAGAAAAGUCUAGUGCUCUGGAAGCUUUUAAAAUUUUUAAAACAGAAGUUGAAAGACAGUUGGAAUUAAAGAUAAAAGUUGUUAGGUCUGAUAGGGGAGGUGAAUAUUAUGGGAAAUUUGAUCAAACUGGCAGACACCCUGGACCUUUUGCUAAGUAUUUGCAGGAAUGUGGAAUUGUUGCACAAUACACCAAUCCAGGAACUCCAGAGCAGAACGGUGUAGCUGAAAGAAGAAAUAGAACACUCAAGGAUAUGGUGAGGAGUAUGAUCUGCAAUUCACAGCUACCUAAUUACCUAUGGGGCGAGGCAAUAAGGACAGCAAACUACAUCCUAAACCGUGUACCAAGUAAGGCAGUAUCAAAGACCCCUUUUGAGCUAUGGACUAACAGAAAGCUGAGCCUCAACCAUUUGCAUAUAUGGGGGUGCAAGGCAGAAGCAAAAGUCUUCAAUCCACAAGAGAAGAAAUUGGAUCCCAAGACCAUAAGUUGUUUUUUUGUAGGUUAUCCAGAGAAGACGAAGGGGUACAGAUUUUAUUGUCCAAAUCAUACAACAAGGCUUGUGGAAACAGGUAGGGCAGUUUUUCUAGAAAAUGUCCAUGAAGAAAGGAAGGCCACAGAUUUCAUUUUUGAAGAGCUGGGUGAAAUUGCAAUUGAGCCAGCAAAGCAAAGUGUGCAAGUUCCACAUAUAAGUGAAAUACAAGGGGAAGAUUAUGAAGAUAUGGAACCUGAACAAGAAGACAUGAAUGAAAUUCAAGUCCAGGAAACUCAAGAUGUGAACAAUGAAGUAGUUCAGCCACAAGAAGCACCAGCUCCACAGAGAAGAUCUAACAGAAAUAGAAGACCAGCAAUAUCUCAAGAUUAUGUAGUGUAUUUACAAGAAUCAGAGUUUAUGGCAUCAGAUUUUGAAGAUCCUUUGUUUUUCAAUGAAGCAAUUAAUAGUCCAGAGGUAUUGAAAGGGAAAGAAGCCAUGGAAAGUGAAUUAGAUUCAAUGGAAAACAAUCAGGUGUGGGAUUUAGUAGAGCUGCCAGAAGGAGUGAAGCCAAUAGGGUGUAAAUGGGGUGUUCAAAACCAAGAAAGACUCAAUGGGCAACAUAGAAAGAUUCAAGGCCAGAUUAGUUGCAAAAGGUUUUACUCAAAAAGAAGGAAUAGAUUAUAG